AUUGACGAACACAUACUGGAAAGAUGUCUUUUCCAUACCAGUGCCUUGCAUCACGUGAGUCGACAGAGACUGGGCCGGGAGGUUGGACGCUCUUUGGUGCGUGCGGUCCUACGCUCGUUGUACAUUCGAGCAGCGGAGGUACCUCGACUUGGAUCAAGCCAAACGAUCCUGUGACGGAGCCUGAACCAUUGGACGAAGAAAAAGAAGGACCGCCAGCAAAGAAAGUCAAAUUGGCAGAACCACCAAAACAGCGCAAGGCCAACUUUACCAACCUGAUCGUCUCAAGUGAUGGGCGCUAUAUAAUUGGCGUAACUGGCGAGGACAAGUGCAUCCGUGUCUUUCAGACAGAUACAAUAAACGAGCUACAUCAACUCAGUGAGAGAUACAUGACCAGGCGGCCGUGCUCAAUCACUCUGACAUCAGACAACUCGACGAUCUUGUGCGCAGACAAAUUUGGAGAUGUCUACUCGCUCCCACUACUGCCUUCACCUGACUAUGAAGCACCUGAAGCCCCAGCAGAGCCCGUUCAGGAAGCUGAUUGGGUGCCCUCCGCGACUGUGCUCACUGUCCACUCCGGCAGGAAUCGCAAAACCUUAGAAGACCAGCUCAAGCAGAAGAAGAAGGGCCCUGCGCCUCCCAAGGAAGAGAUGAAGUUUGAACAUGAGCUUUUGUUAGGCCAUGUCUCCAUGCUCACAGACAUCGUCAUCGCAGAGGCUGACGCCCGCAAAUACAUUAUCACAGCAGACCGGGACGAGCAUAUCCGUGUUUCUCGAAGCAUACCACAGGCUCACAUCAUCGAAGGCUUCUGCUUUGGCCACGAGGCCUUCAUCAAUAAGCUGUGCAUCACCCGCUCCGGACGACUCGUGUCUGGUGGUGGUGACACAGACUUGUUCGUGUGGGACUGGCAGAACUUCAAGCUGCUCAAGAAGCUACCUAUUCUGGAAGUCGUGGCAGCUCAUCUAAAGUCCCGACCUGAAUUGGCCAUAGAAGACGUUUCGAAGGUCGCCGUAUCUGGCAUUUGGAGUGUCCCCGCUCAAGACGAGGUACUUGUGUCGUGUGAGGGCAUUCCAGCUCUGUUCUCAUUCAAGAUCGACGCGAUGACAAACACGAGCAGUGCAACGAUAGAAUACAGUGCCGCGAUAGCCCUCAGGGGUAACGCAUUAGACGUUGCUUUUCUAUCCAGUUCCCCAACGUCGUCUACGGUAGUGGUUUCCAUCGAUCAUGUGCACAAGCCAGGCUCUACCAAGGACGUGCGCGAAGAAAAGGAUACCCAUCGUCUGCAGUGCUUCUCGUCUCAGGAGAAUGGCAAAUGGGGGGAGAACUCGCAAACAGCCGAGGCAAUGAAGCCGUUCCAUGAGGUCUUUGACGUUCAGUCUGGCGGGAUUAGCGGCGACGACUCGGCGACCAGCAGUCUGGGGUCGGCCGAUGAUAAAGCAUUGCGAGACAUGCUUUACAGUGUGGAGAACCUUAGAAAGCGUCCAGGCGCCGAGGAGUAGUCAGUCAACUUGCGCGAUAACGACAAAAGUGAACUCUUCGGCUAUCGAUUAUG